GGGAAUGGUGCAUCGUGUACCGCGGUGCAGUUGCAGUUCGCCGAUGAAGUUCAUCGAGUGCGUAGAUACCGUUAAACGUCUUUGAUCGAGAGCACUUUCUAGACUUAUAAGCGCGACCUUAAUACGGCGGUCUCGUCGAACAGUCGCGAUUUGGACGUGAUAUUGUCAGGAUGGACCGUUGGACAGGUAAAGUGGCAGUUGUUACCGGCGCCAGCUCCGGAAUCGGAGCAGCCAUUGCGAAACAACUCGUACGAAAUGGGAUGACGGUAGCAGGGCUAGCCCGAAGGGUCGACAAGAUGAAGGAGCUCGCAGAGAGCCUCGAAGACUGUCCCGGGAAGCUUCACCCCGUCGAAUGCGACGUCUCGAAAGAGGAAAGUGUUGUUUCUGCUUUCGCGUGGGUACAGGAGAACUUGGGCUCUGUGAACGUGUUGGUGAAUAACGCCGGGAUUACGAAAGAAUCCUCUUUAAUAGAUGGGAAUCUGGAGGAUUGGCGCGCGGUUCUCGAUGUAAACGUGCUAGGAUUGUGCGUUUGCACGCGAGAAGCUGUUCGAAUGAUGAGAGAAGAAGGUGGAGAGGGUGUCGUAAUUAACGUGAACAGUCUGGCUGCAGAACGUGUCCCUUUUAUUCCUGGAUUUUCGAUUUAUCCAGCCUCGAAGAGGUCUAUUGCUGCCCUGGCUCAGACUCUGCGACACGAACUCACUGGAACCCGAAUACGAGUCACGGGUAUCAGUCCAGGACUUGUCGCGACGGAGCUCAUGAUAGCCUACAGCACAUACUCCGAGGAAGCUUUAGCAACGUUCCCAACAUUAGAUCCAGACGAUGUGGCCGCAGCAGCGGUUUACAUUUUAUCGUCUAACCCUCACGUUGUUGUUCAGGACAUCGUGUUGCGGCCUCUUGGCGAAUCCUGCGAAGACGUACGAGAAGCAAGAAUGUUGUACAAGCAAGCCGAGAAUAUCGUUCUUCUAGGGGAUACUCAUCCGAGUGUGUUGAAGAUGAUCACGAAAGGACUCUAUCUGCAGCCGCGAUUUCACGGUUUUUACGGUCUGAUCGGCGAGAUGUAUCGUCGCGAUGGGAAAUGGUCGAAAGCUAUACACAGCUACGAGAAGGGGCGACAGGUGACACAAUUCGAUGCCACGAUAUCGGUCGACGAGGCAAGUAUGUUGUACAACGAUGAAUUGAUCUAUUGCUAUACCAGACGAGGAAAUUGGUACUACGAUAACGCGCGGCUUUGGGAUGCUUUAUGCGACUAUGAGCAAGUCUUUCAGUUGAGGUCGUCGACCGUGUGCAAGAUGGAUGCACAGGAAAAACUUCUAAACGUUCUGCGUAAGCUCGACAAGUACGAAUUGUUCCUACGUUAUUGGAACGAUUUCGCACGCGGUGCCGAAGGCGACCGAUUGUCCACUCUUCUAACGAUGUACGCUGAUUACAAGAUCUAUUUAAAUGACAUGGGGAUGGCCAGGCGCAUGUUGAUGAAGGCCCUUCAGUUGAGAAAUACGAACGAGCGCGCUCAGGAGUUGUUGCAAGUUGUGUACGAUAACGGCGACUUCCUAAUGACUUCCACGUUACUAUGGUGCAUGCACGGUUACUAUGACAAGGCCUUAGUCACCAUGGACAAAGCGUUAGAUUGCAACCCGUACAACCCGGGAUUCACUAUGUUGAAAGCAGUUAUUUUACGAUUAUCCGGACGAUUGGAUGCGGCAGCUACCUGGUUGCAAAGCAUUAGUCGGAACUUGUCGAAAAUGGUAGACCCUAUUUCGAAGGAUGAGGAGUUGAUGUUGGGAAAGCUUUCAGUUUGUGAGGCGAGGAUAGAGAUGAUCAAACAGUGGCACAUGAUACAAUACGAGAAGGCGAUCCAGUGUAUGUUGCAGGACAACCUGGAGUCUGCGGCACAUAUUAUUUACAAGUGUAAAUUAACUAAAUUCGCACCAGAAGCCCACGUGCUUCUUGGCGACUGCUUCCUAAGACGUGGGGACUUAGAUUUGGCGCUAGAGUCGUACCUAAAGUAUCGAACGAUGGCGCGAGAAUCGCAACAUCCUAUGCAGAAUAUCGACGUGAUCCAACGAAUAAUUGAUAUCCUGAACGAGGAUGCAGAACGGGCGAUAAGAUGCGGCCGUUCGAAAAAAGCAGUUGAACUAGCAGAUCAAGUGAUCCAAAUACUUAAUGAAGAUCAAUUAGCUUUGAAUAAGUUAGGAGUGCAACGAGGCUAUGCUCUUUUGAACAAGACUCGCGGUAUCGUGAAGCUGAAUCAGUCUUCAUUCGCUUUUGUGCUCAGUAAGCAACAAAUUUUAACAACUACCAUGGAAAUGAAAAUGUGGUCUGAAAAGGUUGCACUAAUCACCGGCGCUAGCUCCGGCUUGGGCAGAUCCUUGAUUGAGGCCAUGGUCAUCAAAGGUAUGAAGGUCGUGGCCAUUGCUCCUUCCGUUGACAUCAUAAAGGACCUCGUUGAUGAACUGAAGAACAAACCUGGCAAGCUCUACACUCUUCCGUGCGAUCUGACCAGCCAGGACGACAUUUUGCGUCUUAUGGAAUGGAUUGAGAAGAACUUGGGAGCUGUGGACAUCCUAAUCAACAAUGCCGCCAUCAACUUGAAACUGACGAUGCAGAACAGUGACAUGGAGGACUGGAAGAAAAUCUUGGAUGUGAAUCUUUUGGGACUCACAUGCAUGACCAAGGAGGUCCUGAAGAUGAUGAAAAAGAAGGGAAUUGAUAAUGGUAUGAUCAUGAACAUCAACGAUGCUUACUCAUGGAAGAUGCUAAUUGCCCGUGAACAGCUGUGGUCCCCAGCAUACAUUGCCAGCAAGGCGGCGAUGGCAGCGAUGACUGAAUAUCUCCGCGCUGAAUUAGCACUGCUCAAAUCCAACAUCAAGGUCAUGAAUAUCUCUUCUGGUAUGAUGGAGUCCAACAUGCCUGCUCAGUGGCUGAAAGAGAACCCAAUGACGGCCUUAAAUCCCAAGGACGUUGCAGACUGUAUCCUGUUCGUACUGCAGACUCCAGAAAACUUGCUGAUCAGGGACAUGACCAUCACACCCAUCCGUGAAAUGAUGUAGACUCGAGGAGCAGGCUCCUUUUUGUUAUUCGGUUACCACAUAAAACUAUGCCAGGCAGCACUUUGUACAUUUGCAAAUAAACAGCUUGCACAAUA